UUCAGACUCUUCUUCGGGAUGCGAGUGUUGAUGUGAAUCCCCUCCUCCAGCCUCUCAGACCCGUCACCCGCGAUAUGAGCUGGAUAGCGAUGAACACGAAACGCGUGGCGUCCCGAUAACGAAGUCUCGAUGGACCCGAGCGGACUGAGCCUCCUCUGAUCCACACAAUAGCAGCGAAAGCAGCAUCUCUAACGGACGCGACAUGGACGAUUCGGGAAUAAUCAGGCGCAGGAGACUGCAGAAGGAUCUUCCUCUGCCCCGUAAGAACAGCAGUUGCCGCAGUAACCGGAAGAGUUUGAUUCUGACCUCGCCGACUUUGCCCCGCCCACAUUCCCCGUUACCGGGACACAUCGGGAGUAGCCCACUGGACAGCCCUCGCAACUUCUCUCCCAGCACCCCUGCUCACUUCUCCUUCGCUUCCUCCAGACGUGAUGGGCGCCGAUGGUCACUGGCAUCUCUUCCGUCUUCUGGAUAUGGAACCAACACACCCAGUUCAACGUCUUCCAGCUCGUCUCAGGAGCGUCUGCACCAGCUGCCGUCUCAACCCACCUUGGACGAGUUGCACUUCCUCUCCAGCCACUUCGGCAGUGAAGAGAGCAUCACUGAUGAUGACGGGGGGCGCUGUUCUCCACACACACGACCCCGCUCACGCAGCCUGAGUCCAGGACGUUCUCACUCCUGCUAUGACAAUGAGAUCAUCAUGAUGAAUCAUGUUUACAGGGAGCGUUUCCCCAAGGCCACGGCGCAGAUGGAGGGCCGCCUGUGUGACUUCAUCCACACGUACUGUCCCGAGAGCGUCCUCCCGCUGGCCGACGGGGUCCUGAGCUUCAUCCACCACCAGAUCAUCGAGCUGUCCAGAGACUGCCUGACCAAAUCUGGAGAAGGCCUCAUCACGUCCGUCUACUUCUUCGAGUUGCAGGAGAACCUGGAGAAGCUCCUGGACGACGCGUACAAACGGUCAGAGAGUUCAGAGUUGACCUUCGUCACUGAGUUGGUGAAGAAACUCCUCUUCAUCAUCGCUCGACCUGCCCGACUGUUGGAGUGUUUGGAGUUUAACCCUGAGGAGUUUUAUCAUCUGCUGGAAGCGGCUGAAGAUCACGCUAAAGAGGGACACCUGAUGAAGACCGACAUCCCGCGCUACAUCAUCAGCCAGCUGGGCCUGACACGAGACCCUCUGGAGGAGAUGGUCAGUCGAGAGCACUAUGACAGCGAGGGUCCCGUCACACCGGAGACGGACGAUUCCGCAGAGGGAAAAAUGAAACCCAUGAAGCCUCCAGGAGAGGCUGAUUUCCAGACCAUCAAACUAAUCAGCAAUGGAGCCUAUGGCGCGGUGUAUCUGGUCCGUCACCUGGAGACCCGACAGCGCUUCGCUAUGAAGAAGAUCAACAAACAGAACCUGAUUCUGAGGAACCAGAUCCAGCAGGCGUUUGUGGAGCGAGACAUCCUGACCUUCGCGGAGAACCCGUUCGUGGUCAGCAUGUUCUGCUCCUUCGAGACCAGACGACACCUGUGUAUGGUCAUGGAGUACGUGGAGGGAGGCGACUGUGCAACGCUGCUGAAGAAUAUUGGAGCGCUGCCUGUGGAAAUGGCACGCAUGUACUUUGCUGAAACCGUGCUGGCGCUAGAAUACAUUCACAACUAUGGAAUCGUGCACCGGGAUCUCAAACCUGACAAUCUGCUCAUCAAUUCCAUGGGACACAUUAAACUCACGGAUUUCGGUUUGUCAAAAAUGGGUCUCAUGAGUCUCACCACAAACCUGUAUGAGGGACACAUCGAGAAGGACACCAGGGAGUUCCUGGAUAAACAGGUCUGUGGCACCCCGGAGUACAUCGCCCCGGAGGUGAUCCUGCGGCAGGGCUACGGGAAGCCAGUGGACUGGUGGGCCAUGGGCAUCAUCCUCUACGAGUUCCUGGUGGGAUGCGUGCCGUUCUUCGGGGACACACCCGAGGAGCUGUUUGGUCAGGUGAUCUCAGAUUAUAUCGCGUGGCCCGAGGAGGAUGACGCUCUCCCCGCUGACGCGCAGCACCUGAUCUCAUCUCUACUGCAGACCAGCCCGCUGCUCAGACUGGGCACAGGUGGAGCGUUCGAGGUGAAGCAGCAUUCGUUCUUCUGUGAUCUGGACUGGAGCGGCCUGCUCCGACAGAAAGCCGAGUUCAUCCCGCAUCUGGAGUCGGAGGAGGACACCAGCUACUUCGACACGCGAUCCGAGCGAUAUCAUCACGUUCACUCGUACGAUGAGGACGACACCAAUGACGACGAGCCCGUGGAGAUUCACCACUUCUCCUCCUGCUCUCCACGCUUCAGCAAGGUGUACAGCAGCAUGGAGCAACUGUCCCAGCUGGAGCACAAACCUGUGGUGACCCGCCGAGAGCCCAAAGCUCACAGAGAAGAUCGCACGAAGAGAGAGAGUCUGGGCAGCCUGACCCUCAAGACCUGGAGAACCGGAUCCCCUGAGAUGAAGCGUUUGUCGUGUUCGGAGUCGUCCUUCACAGAAUCAGACUCCAGUCCUCCCGGAGCGCGCCGCCGCUUCUCAGCGUUAAUGGACACGCACCGCUUCGCUUCUCCACUGGAGGGAGACGGUGAGGUGCACACGCGCCAGCCAGCGAUCAAAGUCAGGGGCACGUCACUAGAGGGCGCCAGCGUGCCCGUCAGCUCCGGACUGCUGGAGUCAGUGGGACAUCCAGGAGAUAAACUUCUGCGGCCUGCCGAUGCCGCCGUGCCUCUGCACAUCCCAGACUCGUUCGGGCCUCGAGUCGGAAGUGACCUCGUGUUACGAAGAGCACGACAUCAUCAGAUUCCCACCGCUGACAGUGGGAAAAGCACCGCGACUCGCUCCGGCACCAAAGUCAUAAAGUCGGCCUCGACCACGGCCCUGUCUGUCAUCAUUCCUGCAGUUGAGCAGCAUGGCACGUCUCCAUUGGCCAGUCCCAUGUCUCCUCGCUCCAUCUCGUCCAAUACCUCGUCUCGCGACUCGUCUCCGAGUCGCGACUACUCGCCUACGGUCAACGUCCUGCGCUCACCGAUCACCAUCCAUCGCUCUGGGAAGAAGUACGGCUUCACGCUGCGUGCCAUCCGAGUCUACAUGGGUGACAGUCACGUGUACAGUGUGCAUCACAUGGUCUGGCAUGUAGAGUGUGGUGGGCCGGCCCAGGAGGCGGGGCUUUGUGCCGGUGACCUCAUUACCCAUGUGAACGGGGAGUCUGUGCACGGAUUGGUCCACACAGAGGUGGUGGAGCUCAUCCUGAAGAGUGGCAGCAAAGUAACAGUGACGACUACUCCGUUCGAAAACACGUCCAUAAAGAUCGGGCCGGCCAGGAAGCUGAGCUACAAAGCCAAGAUGGCCAGACGCAACAAGAAGUCGGUUCCAAAAGAUGGACAAGAGAGUAAGAAGCGCAGCUCUCUCUUCCGUAAGAUCACGAAACAGUCAAACCUGCUUCACACCAGUCGUAGCCUGUCCUCUCUGAAUCGCUCGCUGUCGUCUGGAGACAGUCUGCCGGGAUCUCCGACACACAACCUGUCUGCUCGCUCGCCCACUCAGACGUAUCGCUCUCCUCCAGACUCCGCCCUCCUCGGCACGUCGUCUCAGAGCAGCUCUCCCGCGUCCAGCACGCCAAACUCGCCUGCAACAUCUCAGCACAUGCGGCCAAGCUCUCUCUACGGUCUCUCACCCAAACUCCACCGCCAGUACCGCUCUGCUCGCUGCAAAUCCGCCGGGAACAUUCCUCUGUCCCCGUUAGCUCACACGCCAUCCCCAACUUCGUCCUCUCCUCCGCCUAUCGCUGGACACACCGUCGGGAGCUCCAACACCACACAAGCCUUCCCCGCCAAGCUUCAUGCAUCCCCUCCAAUCACGCGCCCACGUCCCAAGAGCGCAGAACCCCCUCGUUCCCCUCUCCUCCAACGGGUGCAGUCCGCCGAGAAGCUGGGCCCUCCCCCUACGCCAUCUUUCCCAUCGUCCUCAUCUUCUGUGUGCUCGGAUAGGAAGGGAGGGCUUUGCGUGUCAAUGAGGAAGCACGGAUUGGAGGUUGUGCACGCCGAAUACCGCCGGGAGUCGUUCCACUGCGAACACGCUCUCCAGAGCCUGAUGGAGAUCGAGGGAGAGAAUACGCCCGGGGCUCCGCCUUCUCCACCCGAACAGACGCCAACGCACACCCCUGCCCAACACACGUUGAGUCCGGCGAGGCAUCUUGGAAAGCAGGACUCGGUGACGACUCGAGAAUCCGAGGUUACUCCAAGCAAGCCCGACUCAAGUGUAGCAGUUUUAAAAACCACGUCAAAACCCGAACCAUUGGAUCCCAAAUCAAUCCAAUUGGCCGAAACACACCAGACGGAGAAAGUUGCCUCCAAGUCUGAGUCUUCUCAAGUCUCAGUUGUCUCAAUAGUCAAGGAGAGAGCUGGGGAUGUGGGAAAGAGCGAAUCUCUUAGCGUCACAUCCGCAAUGGGAUGUGGCUCAAAGACCCCAAAUUGGACGCCAAUUGUCCAGAGCUCUGGAUCACAGGAAGUCAAACCCCAGAGCCUUCAAACUGAGGGUCCCAAAGGGCUGGAGAAUGGCAAAACCAUGGGUGCCAAAGGGCUGGAGAAUAGCAAAACUGAGGGUCCUAAAGGGCUGGAGAAUAGCAAAACCGUGGGUCCCAAAGGGCUGGAGAAUGGCAAAACUGAGGGCCCUAAAGGGCUGGAGAAUAGCAAAACCGUGGGUCCCAAAGGGCUGGAGAAUGGCAAAACUGAGGGUCCCAAAGGGCUGGAGAAUAGCAAAACCGUGGGUCCCAAAGGGCUGGAGAAUGGCAAAGCCACUGAAAAGAUCCCGGUGAGGGAGAAAACCCCACCGAUAGUUGCUCCAGAGGCAAGCAAGUCAGGUAAAGGAACUCUAAGCGUUGAGGGGGCUGGACCUAGUAUUGUUGCCGCAACUAAAGUUAAAGAAACCAUUCCUGUCCAGUCUAAAACCAUUGAAGAACGGGUUCAAACCCCACCAGGAUCAACCAGAGCCCCUCAAGAGGAAAAAAGGAGGCUGGAAGCGGUUGAUGAGUCCCAAGCCUCUCCAUCUCCAACCGCUAAGUCGCCUUGCACAAGCAAAUCCCGUGCCGUAUCUCCUGGCGACAGGCCGAGCUUUGUGACGCAGCUCACCAGUGUGGCUAAAACUGUGCUUGGGCCGAUGAAGUUGGGAUCUCAGGAUGGCGGGAAGGGCAAGGACAGCUCCAAAACCAACGAGGACAAACGAGCCGCCACCUUGGGAAAGUCCGAGGCCUCGUCUGGGAGUCGCCGUGGGCUGACUGGAACUUGGCCCGGUCCUGGAUCGUCAAAGCCUGAAAAGGCAUCAAAGAGCUCUUCCAAACAUUCAUAAUACUUUAAUGGGAAUACUCUGUUGGGAACUUUAAAAACAGAACGUGUUCCCAGUAUUUGUCCAAAUGCAGACUGUUCAAAAGACUCAACAGCCAUCAAACCAAGACAUCAAAAAAACGCAAACAAGUAAAGGUGCUUCUAAAUGACCCUUGUCAAAUGUGUUUGUGCAUAUGGCGUAUGAGUGUGUGCACCAUCAUAUGUGGAUGUAGAACAAACCAGUAUGUCUCUCUAGAUGCAUGUUACAUUGUAUAUUGUGAAUAGAAGAGUCAAAAAAUAAGAUAUGAAAAAUGAAAUCAAGACCUAAUGCUAGUGAACACUGCACAUCCAAUCAUUCCUGCCAGGUCUGUAGAGGGCAUGUACUUUCAGUCAUCACCAUAUCAUCCAAUCAGUUUGUCAGAUUCAGAAAUGAGGGGUAAAGUAGGUAAAAUGUUUGUUUACCACUAUAGAUCAUUUUAGUACCUCGGCUAUACUGUUAAACUGCAGACGGUAGCGCUAUAUGUGAAUGCUAGAGGCAACAGAAAUGGGAAAUGAUUGUUGCACAAGGACAGAACCGUGUGAACAAGUGCUUGUUUCUGCUGUCUUAAUUAUAUUUGCACUGGAAAUGCCCUGCAAAAGUCAACAUGAAAUCUAAAUUGAUCAUAUUUACUUUAGUGAUGCAUGUUCCUGGUGUUAUUGUGCACGAUUCAUCAGUGCACGGCUUUCCCUUUCAGCUAACAUCGCCUUGGUCGUGCACAACGUUUAACAAACAGACUUUAGUCAGGGUAGUGCCAUAUAUAAUUUUUGACAGGAAUGAAAACUAGGUUGUGAGAAACAAUGCGUUUAAUGGAUUGCAAUGUUUAAUCUGUGUAAAAUCGACCCCUGGCUAAGGUCUACUGUAUAGUCAAAUAGCUACUUUGUGGGAAAUGCAGCCUUUCUAAGUCAAUGCAGCAAUUUAAAGCCAGUUUGCGUUAUGGCAAUAAUAGCACACAUAUCUGUAGAAGUAUAUUUGAAGCAGAUUAUGGGAGUGAGAUGUCGUUUCAUGUUGACUUUUAUGUGGCUGAAUUUAAAUGUCUAAACUGAGAAAGAGAGUCUAUAUACAGUAGUUAAAUUUGCCAUGCUUGAGACUGAAGCAAAAACCUCAAGGAUGGCAUGGUUAUGAAAUGAUAUUGAGAUUAUUAGACAAACUCUAUGAAGAAAAUAGCUCACUAUAUGAUGUCAUCCUGUUAGAUUAUAUUAAUAGGCCAGUAAAUGCACUGUGGAUUAUACACUUGAAUUCUUUCAAAGCCUGAAUUAUCCUUUUAGUAUAUGCAGAAGAGUUUGUGAAGUAUGAGGUGGUCCAUGUGUAGAUGUGUUUAAUUUUAAUCCAUUCAGGGCUUUUAAUUCACUUUUGCUACAUAUUUGUGAUCUUUUAUAGGAUUUUAUUACGUAGUAGGAUGACAUGUAAACGUCUAGUGGUUUGCGAGAGAUAUGAAAUGAUACGUUGGCAGUGGCUUUGUGUGGUAUCGAUCCAAUCUGUUUACACUUUAAAUCUCUCACGUUUGUGUGAACAUACUUUUGAGACUCUCUGUCUGUCUGUGUGUGUGUGUGUGAGCAAUGAAUCUAGCGAUGUAUUUGGUGCCACGUUCGUGCAAUGAUUAUCCAAAUCAGCUGAUCCCUGAUUGACUGUCUUUUGCCAAUAUAGGACUUUACACUUUACCCAAAUGUUAACCUUUAGGGAGAAACAAAUGAUGGAUUGAAUUUUGGCUGGUAUUAACACGGUGUUUUAGACAUUGUACUAUGCUAAUACCAUAUUUUUCGGACAUAAACCAUGGCAUUUCCCUGAAUAUACAUGGAUAAGGUAAUAAUUCAGUACUAUGGUGUACAGUAUAUCAGGUACCAUCUUUGUACCAUAGUAACACCACGGUACCUUUUGUCAAGGUAGCAUUAUUUUUAAUAUGCUUUUAAUAUUUGGGUAGUGUGUAUAUGCCUUUAUGACAUGUUUUCAGAUUGAUUUGUGCUGUAAAGUGUGUGUGUGUAGGAUAGACGGUGUCAGUGUUUAGAUUCUGUAGAGACAGUUACUCGCGCAAGAGUACAACCAAUGUUACGGAAUGCACUUUAUUGAUUUUUCUCUUUGUAUUUAUUUAUACGUUUAUAAUUUUAUUUGAAUGAUUUUUGCCCUGUUUGAUUUUUAAAAUGGGAGGUUUUAUGUUGCCCUUCGAUACGCUGCUUUGCAUAAAUCUUCCCAACUGUUUUACCUGUGAAUUUUUUUGUACAUUCACUUCUUAUAUCAUUGUUUAUUUACAGUUUUUUAUGAGUUCUCACCUCAGGCAAUGUUAUAAACUAAUGCAAUUAAAAAAAAAAAUAAUAAUAAAGUGCAGUCAUAAUAAAGAAGCCAAUCACAUA